CUACCCUGCGUGCGUGGACUUUUCGAGAUCUAGACGAAGGGCAAGUGUUAUUAGUCUUUCUCAUUUUGCUCGGCUUUUGUCUAAUUCUAAUCCAUUCCAAUGGGUGGAAUUGGUGAGCAACCACCACCGUCUUCGUCGGCGCCGGCCAAGAUAGGACCUCCACCUCCACCUCAGCCAAGCACUUCGAUGGACACGCUUUUCAAUGGUGGGUCCUCUGGCGGCUCCGGCUUCGGGUUUAGUCCUGGUCCGAUGACUCUCGUCUCGAAUUUCUUCAACGAGAACGACGACUUCAAGUCCUUCUCGCAGCUUCUCACCGGCGCUAUGCCGUCUCCAUUGUUGACGGAGCAGGAUAGGCCUUCCGUUGAGCAGCCGCCGAUGCUGGCAGUUUCGCCAGGGUUGAGCCCAUCUGGCUUCCUCGAUCCCCCCAGGCUUUUUUCGGCUUCUCAGGUCUCAGGCCAGGGUAUGCAGGUCAACGAAAAUUCAUCUUCUUUUACUUCCAUUGCCAAACGAGUUCAGACGAUGCCACCAAGCGCAUCAUCAAUCGCAGAUUCUGGGACGUCGUCUUUAUCAAUGAAGGAAUGUCCCGACGAUGGAUUCAACUGGCGCAAGUAUGGGCAGAAACAGGUGAAAGGAAGUGAGUUCCCUCGAAGUUAUUACAAGUGCACGCAUCCAAAUUGCCCCGUCAAGAAGAAGGUUGAGAAAUCCAUCGACGAUGACCACGUUGUCGCCAUCAUUUACAAAGGACAACACAAUCAUCAACCUCUUCGGCUCACCAGCAGCAGCAACAAGCACGCAAAAGACACAGCAUUAGCAGCAGCUUCGAAUGUCGAGAGUUUUAACGCGCGAGGAACAACCCGGAGGGAGUCAACAGCGCCCGAACAUGUGGCAGAAGGAUCAAGUGAUGACAGUGAGGAAGCAGCAGGUUAUCGCGAUACUGAUGAAGUGGAGGAGAAAAAUGACGAGCCUGACCCAAAGAGGAGGAGAAAUACAGAAGCAAUGGUGCAUGAGGCAGUGUCUUCGCAUAGGACAGCCAUGGAACCUAGGAUCAUUGUGCAGACAACAAGUGAAGUAGACCUGCUUGACGAUGGGUAUAGAUGGCGAAAAUAUGGCCAAAAAGUUGUCAAAGGCAACCCUUUCCCAAGGAGCUACUACAAGUGCACCACCACAGGUUGCAAUGUUCGGAAACAUGUCGAGAGGGCAUCCUCGGAUCCUAAAGCUGUCAUUACAACAUAUGAAGGAAAACACAACCACAACGUGCCAGCAGCUAAAAGCAACAGCCACACUAUUGCCAACAACCCAGCAUCACAGCUUAGACCCCACAAUACCACAAUACCAGAGAGAAUUAGUUUCAUUAAUGGUGGAGGUAUUGGUGGGGCCAAUCAGCAGCAACAGCCUGUGGCACGUCUUAGGUUGAAGAAUGAACAGAUAACCUAGUUUAGGAUUGCAGACACAGGCUGCAACACCAGGUAUAAUCCGAGGAUAAAACUUAGAUGUUGUUACUAUAACACUUUGUUCUUCUCUUCUGUAAUGCUACAUCAGAUUAUUACUGGUUUUAAAUUAGAUAGUCUUAAAACUGAUAUGGGAAUUUACAAUUCCAUAGUCAUGUGUUCUUUGAUGUUCUGUGCAUCUUCAUUUUCAAUCUAGGGCCAAAGUUUUGAUACAGUGGGGUAUAGCCGUAUAGGGAUCAAAGGGUCUAGAAGUUGUGUACCAGUUGUGCCUUCUGUGUAUUAAAUUUGGUUUUUCAUGGUUUCAUCUUGUAAUUCAUUGCUGAGAAAUUUCUGAAUCAUAUAAAAAUUGGCAUUGUUGACUUUGA